GUGUCUAAACUGAAGCUGCUGAGCUCUCAGCCUCGGUGGAAAAGAAUCACACAGAAACUCAUCAGAGACUGUCGCAAAAAGAGAGUGCUUAAGAAAUCAGAGUCAGCUGAUCUGGAGGAGUGUAAGCUGGAGAGGGAAGGGACCAAUGAAGAACCGCCUGCCCCAAUCAGUUCCCCCUCUGUGGACAAGAAACAAACCACUGUCAAAUCCUCAAAGGAUAAGUGGCAGCCUCUGCUGAACACCAUAGGCAAUGUUCAGAAGUAUCGCUGGUUGAAACACAGUGUUCAGGGCUCCUCCUCUCAGUCUAGCCUCAUGAGCACCAUUGUGGAGUUUGCUCUGAAAGAGGAGCCACUGGAUGUGGAGAAGAUGAGGAAAUGCCUCCUUAAACAGCUGGAGCGUGCUGAGAUCAGGCUGGAGGGUAUAGACACGAUGCUGAAGCUGGCAUCCAAAAGCUUCCUUCUGCCCUCCAUACAGUACGCCAUGCUCUGUGGCUGGCAGAGGGUCAUACCUGAAGGGACCAAUAUUGGGGAGCCUCUGUCUGACUGUCUAAAGGAUGUAGCUCUCAUUCCUCCAUUUAACCGCAUGCUGCUUGAGGUGACCUUUGGUAAGCUCUAUGCCUGGGCCAUUCAGAACGUCCGCAACAUCUUACUAGAGGCCAGUGUCAAAUUCAAAGAUCUGGGUGUGCAGCCAGUUCCUCUGCAGACUAUCACUAAUGAGAACCCUGCAGGCCCCAGUCUGGGUACCAUCCCUCAGGCACGCUUCCUGCUGUCCAUGCUCCACAUGCUUACCCUUAAACAUGGAGCCAACAGCCUCAGCCUUCUACUGAAUUCUGGCAUCCUUGCCCUUACCCAGAGUGUCCUCAAACUCAUCGGUCCCAGCUCUGACAACAGUGAGGAGGAACAAAUCUCUGGAGCUCAUGGGGGCUCUGCUACUGUUCUUGAGGAGUCAAGGAAAGAUACAACCCCCACUCCUCUCCCCGCCUCUGGCCCUGAGCUGGCUACUAUGAUGAAGAUCGGCACUAGGGUGAUGAGAGGACCCGACUGGAAAUGGGGAGACCAAGAUGGCCCACCCCCAGGCCUGGGGCGUGUGAUUGGUGAGUUGGGGGAAGAUGGCUGGAUUCGAGUCCAGUGGGACACCAGCAGUACCAACUCCUACAGGAUGGGCAAAGAGGGCAAGUACGACCUUAAACUUGCAGAGCCACCACCUGCCACUCAACCCACCACAGAGGACUCAGACACUGAAGAUGACUUGGAAGGGGAGGUGAUGGAGAAGAGGGCUCACCCCACUGCGAUCAUGUUGACCAGUACAGUUAAUCUGUUGAAGACACUGUCUCUGUCCUCUGGGAUCUAUGCUGAAGUGAUGCAGGUUGAGGCCAUUAGCACUCUUUGUGGUCUGCUCAGGAUACUAGUGGAGAGUGGAGCCAAUGACAAGACUGGUUGUUCGCCUCACAAGCUGGUGUCCCGUGAGCAGCACAGGAGCUGGUGCACUCUGGGGUUUAUUCGCAGUAUAGCUCUUAUGCCUCAGAUGUGCAGUACUCUUAGCUCCUCUGCCUGGAUCAAUCUGCUCAUCCGCAUUGUAGAGGGCCAUCAGUCCUUCACUGCAGUCACACUACAGAGACAGAUUCUUGCCCUUCGGCUUCUUCAGGCAGUGUUACCAUCAUGGGAUAAGACAGAGCGCUCUCAGGAUAUGACGUUCCUAGUGGAGAAACUCUUUGGAUUCCUGGGCUGCCUGCUCAGCACUUGUUCCUCAGAUCUGCCCCUCCUUAGAGAUGGUUCUAUCUGUAGAAGGAAGUCUCGCCCUCAAGCUUCUCUGACAGCCACUCACAGCAGUACUCUAGCAGAAGAAAUAGUAGCUGUACUGCGUACACUUCACUCCCUUGUUCAAUGGAAUGCCCUCAUUAACGAAUACAUUAACUCCCAGCUCAGUGGUAUCAGUGAUGUCAUGGCAGGGAGAUGCACCGAAGCGGCUCUGCUUGAAGACUACCUGCCCAAUGCAGAAUCCCCAGCGGUAGGCAGUCUGAUGGCUGUUUUGGCAGUCAUUGGUGGGAUUGAUGGACGCCUUCGCCUGGGCGGGCCGGUUGUUCAUGAGGAGUAUGGAGAAGGCACUGUAACCCGCAUCACACCUAAAGGACGAAUCACUGUGCAGUUCCACGAGAUGAGGAACUGCAAAGUGUGCCAGCUCAGUCAGCUCAAACCGGUUCAUAUGAUACCAUUCAGUGUUCAGAACCUGCCCUUCACUGAGCCGAUGCUAACUGUGUGGGCUCAGCUGGUCAAUUUAGCAGGGAGCAAACUGGAGAAACAACGCAUGAAGAAAUCCCUCAGCAGAGGACUUACGGCGGAUCAGGUGGAUUUGUAUUUGUUGAGGUGUCAGCAGCUCAGACUGUAUGUUCUGAAAGCAGCGCGUGCUCUCCUGUCCCACCAGGACAAACUGCGGCAGAUCCUCUCUCAGGCAGCUGUCGUAGAAGUCAGCCCCAACCCCACUGAGGAUCAGUGUUUAUCCUCUCCUGAUGUGGUUGAUUUGUCUCCUGAGGGUCCUCAGCCACCUCUCAUACUCCUCCAGCAGCUGCUGUCAGCCUCCACUCAACCUUCCCCUAUCAAAGCCAUCUUCCACCGGCAGGAGCUGGAGGCAGCGGCUCUGGCAGUUUGUCAGUACCUGGCUGUGGAGUCCACACACCCAUCCUCCCCUCUUUUUGAGGACAGCAGCUCCAGCGAGUCUACCACACCCAUCACUGUGAAGCACAUGCGCCCACCCAAGCAAAAGAAACCCAAGACCUCACCAGUGCCUCCUGCUCCCAUCGUACUACAGCUCAUGGAGAUGGGCUUUCAGAGAAAAAAUAUUGAGUUUGCCCUUAAAUCGCUGUCUGGAACCACAAGUGCCUCUGGAGUGCCAGGUGUAGAAGCUUUGGUGGGCUGGUUGCUGGACCAUCCAGAUGUGCACAUUACAGAUUUGUCAGAUGCAGACACUGCUUCAGAUGAAUGCUCGGAUGAAGAGGUCCUGGAAGAGCUAGAUGAGCCUGAGCCACCCUUCCCUGUGCCGCCUGGAGUUGUAGUCACUGAGACUCAAACGUUUAAAAAGAGAUCAGACUUUCAGAGCAAUGACGAUUAUGCUGUAUACAUAAGAGAAAACAUUCAGGUGGGCAUGAUGGUUAGAUGUUGCAGGACAUAUGAAGAGGUGUAUGAGGGAGACGUGGGGAAGGUGAUUAAACUGGACAGAGACGGGCUUCAUGAUCUGAAUGUGCAGUGUGACUGGCAGCAGAAAGGAGGCACUUACUGGGUCCGUUACAUCCACACCGAACUACUGGGUUUUCCUCCCCAGAGUUCUCCAUCUCAUAUAAAGAUUGGCGAUAAAGUGCGAGUGAAGCCCUCGGUCACGAUGCCAAAGUACAAGUGGGGAUCUGUCACUCACAGGAGUGUGGGUGUGGUCAAAGCUUUCAGUGCCAAUGGGAAAGAUGUGAUAGUGGACUUUCCUCAGCAGUCACACUGGACUGGACUGCUGUCUGAGAUGGAGCUUGUGCCCAGCGUGCAUCCUGGUGUCAGGUGUGAUGGUUGUCAGAUGUUCCCUAUAAACGGGCCCAGGUUUAAGUGUCGAAACUGUGAUGACUUUGACUUUUGUGAGAGCUGCUUCAAGACCCAUAAACACAACCCCAGACAUUCAUUCGGUCGAAUAAAUGAACCAGGUCAGUCACCCGCAUUCAGUGGGCGCUCUGGUAAGCAGCUGAAGAGACAUCCCAGCAGUCAGCAUGGCAUGCUGAUUGACGAAUGGUCCAGAUUGGUGAAGAACCUGAGUGUGUCCUCAUCUGUUAACCAGGCGUCUCGCCUAGUAGACUGUGCAGAUCAGUGCUGGCAGUCUUCAGGCUCUCAGGGCAAGCACUGGAUCCGGUUGGAGCUUUUCCCAGAUAUUCUGGUCCACAGACUGAAACUGAUAGUGGAUCCAGCUGACAGCACCUACAUGCCUUCACUGGUCGUUGUAUCAGGUGGAAGCUCUUUGAAUAACCUGGUUGAGUUGAAGACCAUCAACAUCAAUCCCACAGACACUGCUGUUUCUCUACUAAAUGACUGCACAGAGUAUAAUAGGUACAUUGAGAUUGCUAUAAAACAGUGCCGGAGUUCUGGGAUUGACUGUAAGAUCCAUGGCUUGAGUAUGGUGGGUCGUGUCCGUGCUGAGGAUGAAGAUCUGGCUACCGUGCCUUUCCUGGCAUCUGACAAUGAAGAGGAGGAGGAUGAAAAGACAGUGACUGGAAGUUUGUCACGAAAGAGGUCAUCAGGGCUCGAGUCUGCUGCCACUAUUAGAACCAAAGUCUUUGUUUGGGGUCUCAAUGAUAAGGACCAACUUGGAGGACUAAAGGGGUCCAAGAUCAAAGUCCCAUCAUUCUCAGAGACUCUUUCUGCGCUGAAUGUAGUGCAGGUAGCUGGAGGCUCUAAAAGUCUUUUUGCUGUGACCACUGAAGGUAAGGUAUAUGCAUGUGGAGAGGCAACCAAUGGAAGACUUGGUUUAGGACUGUCCAGUGGAACCAUCCCCAUACCACGACAAAUAUCUGCCCUAAGCAACUAUGUGGUGAAGAAGGUCGCUGUGCAUUCAGGUGGAAGGCAUGCCAUGGCAUUGACUGUGGAUGGUAAAGUGUUGUCUUGGGGUGAAGGAGAUGAUGGAAAGCUUGGACACUUCAGCCGAAUGAACUGUGAUAAGCCACGACUAAUCGAGGCAUUGAAAACAAAGCGUAUUAGAGAUAUUGCUUGCGGUAGCUCUCACAGUGCAGCGAUCACCUCCAGUGGAGAACUGUAUAGCUGGGGUCUGGGCGAAUAUGGCCGUCUGGGCCACGGGGACAACACCACCCAGCUUAGACCCAAACUGGUGAAGGUGCUUUUAGGUCACAGGGUUGUCCAGGUAGCUUGUGGAAGCAGAGAUGCUCAGACUCUUGCCCUUACAGAUGAAGGACUAGUGUUCUCAUGGGGAGAUGGAGACUUUGGGAAACUGGGCCGUGGGGGCAGCGAGGGUUGUAACAUUCCUCAGAACAUUGAGCGUCUGAAUGGGCAGAGUGUGUGUCAGAUCGAAUGUGGAGCUCAGUUCUCCCUCGCCCUGACCAAAUCUGGAGUUGUCUGGACCUGGGGAAAGGGAGAUUACUUCCGCCUGGGUCACGGAACAGACGUGCAUGUGCGCAAACCCCAAAUGGUUGAAGGACUACGUGGGAAAAAGAUUGUUCAUGUGGCCGUUGGGGCACUGCACUGCUUGGCCGUCACAGACACUGGACAGGUGUACGCAUGGGGGGAUAAUGACCACGGGCAGCAGGGGAAUGGCACGACCACGGUCAACAGGAAGCCUACACUUGUGCAAGGUCUGGAGGGGCAGAAGAUCACUCGUGUGGCCUGCGGCUCUUCUCACAGUGUGGCCUGGACCACCGUAGAUGUCACCACACCCUCCGUCCACGAGCCCGUCCUUUUCCAAUCUGCCAGAGACUCUCUGGGAGCCUCUUACCUUGGUGUGCCAUCAGACAGUGACCCAUCUUUACUGAGUAAUAAACUCAAUGGUGCGAGUAGUGUGAAGCCCAACAGGCCAUCUUUGGCAAAGAUCCUGCUCUCUCUGGAUGGUAAUCUGGCCAAACAGCAGGCAUUGUCCCAUGUUCUCUCUGCCCUGCAGAUCAUGUAUGCCAGGGAUGCAGUGGUUGGAGCUCUGAUGCCUGCCUGUAUGAUACCUCUUGAGUGCCCCUCUAGCUCUCCUGUGCCCCCUUCAGACUGCUCAUCAGUGUCCAGUCCCUCUGAGGCUGAGGGUCCAGCCCUGCCCUCCGAGACAGAGGAGCUCAUCAGUCCACACCCCUGGAUGGACAGCAAAAGAGGAGAGGUGACCACAUCUGAGGAUGCCACUACCCCCUCAUCGGCUGUGACUCCCUCUGCUGCCUCUGCCUCAUCUCGCCCCUUCAUCCCUGUGACAGAUGACCCUGGAGCUGCAAGCAUCAUUGCUGAGACCAUGACCAAAACCAAAGAGGACUCAGAGUGUCAGAGUAAAGCAGUGGGUCCAGAGCCACAGUAUCUGGAUGAGUUCACCAUUCUUCUUGUUCCUGAUGACACGCGUGUGAUAGUGGACCUGUUGAAACUAGCCGUGUCUCUACGCUCAGGUGAUAAAGGCAAAGAAGUGCUGUCUGCUGUGCUCUCUGGCAUGGGUACAGCCUACCCACAGGUGGCAGAUAUGCUGCUAGAGUUGUGUGUGACUGAGUUGGAGGAUGUGGCAACAGACUCUCAAAGUGGACGGCUGUCCUCUCAGCCAGUGGUUGUUGAGAGUAGUCACCCAUACACUGAUGACACAUCCACCAGUGGAACAGUGAAAAUACCAGGUGCUGAAGGGUUGAGGGUGGAAUUUGAUCGACAGUGUUCUACAGAAAGGAGACAUGACCCCCUUACUAUCAUGGAUGGAGCUAAUAGAAUUGUGUCUGUUCGAUCAGGUCGAGAGUGGUCUGAUUGGUCCAGUGAGUUGAGAAUUCCAGGAGACGAGCUCAAGUGGAAGUUCACCAGUGACGGCUCUGUUAAUGGCUGGGGCUGGCGCUUUACUGUCUAUCCCAUCAUGCCUGCUGCUGGUCCUAAAGACCUCCUGUCAGAUCGUUGUAUUCUGUCCUGCCCAUCUAUGGAUCUAGUAACAUGUCUUCUAGACUUCCGCCUGAACUUUGCUUCAAAUCGCAGCAUCGUGCCAAGGCUGGCAGCCUCACUUGCUGCUUGUGCCCAGCUCAGUGCCUUGGCGGCUGGUCAUCGAAUGUGGGCCCUGCAGAGGUUACGAAAGCUCCUGACCUCUGAAUAUGGCCAGUCCCUUAACAUCAACCGCCUGCUAGGAGACAGUGAAGGAGAUUCUCGGACUAUGAGCUUCACAGGAAGUGCACUAGCAGCUCUUGUGAAAGGACUUCCUGAGGCUUUACAGAGACAGUAUGAUUAUGAGGAGCCAGUAGUCAGAGGAGGAAAGCAACUGCUCCACAGCCCUUUCUUCAAGGUGUUGGUGGCACUUGCAUGUGAUUUG